ACGAAAUUGAUGUAAAGCUAUAAACAGUAAUCCAACAUCUUCAAUUCUUUCACUUGGCAAUUUCCACCUUCAAAAGGCGGGCGGCCAAAUAAUCCCACGCUACGCACGGGUGAAUGGUAACUUAAACACCUAAAAAAAAAAAAAAAAUAAAAAAAAAAAUAUCUUCAAAUGCCGGAACAAGUGGAAAAUUCAGAAGUGAAAUCGCCGACCUAUGAUAUUUCAAAGUUCCGACUUAAGCGGAUACUCCAGAACAACAGUGUUCGAAAGAGUAUUGCAUUGCUGGGCACCUUCCCGGAUCUCUCCGAGACAGACGAUGCCAUUGUGGUUUUUGAGAAAACUGCGUAUCAGGAGAGCGACGUGUCCACGUCCAAAGAGCUACCGGCAAAGCCAAGUUACUUUAGCGCGGAGUUAAAGGUAGACACGGAGUUCAUUAAUAACAUAUACGGCAGUUUUCAGGUUGUGCCCAGUCCGGAUCUAUGCGGUGUUAAGAGCACAGUGAUUUACCCGGCCACUGACAAGCACGUCGAGAAGUAUUCCAUAUGCCAGAAGUAUCUCAUUAGAGAAACGCCAGAUCUCUACGAAAGCACAACGCUUCCGUACAUCAACCUGAGCCAAUUCUCUCUGGAAUGGGUCUACAACAUACUGGAACACAAGAAGGAAACCGAGAGAAUCGUAUUUGAGGAUAACGAUCCAGAAACCGGCUUCAUUCUGCUGCCAGAUCUAAAAUGGGAUGGUCGGAAUGUAGAAAACCUCUACCUGCUCGGUAUAGUUCACAAACACAAUAUUAAAUCCCUUCGUGAUCUGAAUGGCAACCACCUGCCGCUGCUGCGGAAUAUGCGCCAGUCCGCUAAGGAUGCCAUCUCGAAACGAUAUGGCCUCAAUCCCCACCAGCUCCGCAUGUAUUUCCACUAUCAGCCCUCGUUCUACCAUCUGCAUGUGCACAUUAAUCCCAUUAGGAACGAUGCCCCAGGCAUUUGGUGCGAGAAAUCUCACAUGUUGGACACUGUAAUAAGCAACUUGGAGCUUUUGCCAGACUUUUACCAGCGCGCCACUUUACCCUUCGUCUUGUAUGAGGGUAAUAAGCUAUUGGAUUUGUAUGAGGAGAAGAUAACCGUUCGCAGUGUAGCAGCACCGAUAAGUGACUCGAAAGAGCUGGAAAAAGUACCUGCGGUGGAAUCAUCUAUCGAAGGUUUUAGUGAUGAUGACCCAGGAGAGAGGGAAUGCAAACGCCUAAAGUUGGCCACACCAGAGCCAAAGGAGGCCGAGGUACCUGCCCAAGCGUGUGCAUAGGCUUAAAUCAAGCAAUCCCACGAAAUACGAGCAAAAUAAACGAUUUCUUCGGAAGUACAUACCACUUUAA